CAGCCGGAGCUGUGCGAUGUGGAGGGAAGAGUCAGCUGAGGGGAGCCUCUGGCCUCGCGGUGCCUCGUUUGGUUACUAUCUACUUAUCUGUGAGUGUGUGUGUGUUUGUGUGUGUGUGUGUGUUUGUGUGUGCGCGUGCAUGUGUGUGUGCGUGCUGAGGAUGUGAAAUCAGGAUGAUCAGGAGAUACUGCCACAUUAGUCAUCAGCUGAAAGUGAGCACCAUGGCCGCCUUCCAGCUGCUCUUCCCGCUGUUGGUCAGCUGCGUGGUGGCAUCCGCAAGUCCUCCCCGACACCUCCCUCCAUGCCAAGUUGUCCAGAUGGAUGCGUUUUGCAGCGAUCUCAGCCUCAGAAGUGCACCGCCCAACCUUCCCCAUGGCGUCCAAAUGCUGGACCUUUCUCGUAACCAGGUGCAAAACCUCACCCAGGAAACUCUAGCGUACCACACCGGCUUCCAUCAUCUGAAUCUUCGCUCUAACAAGAUCCACUUCAUCCAGCCGGGGCUCUUCAAAGACAUGACUGAUCUAAGAGUUCUCGAUCUGUCCAGGAAUCACCUGAAUGUUUUUGCUCUUUCCAAAAUCAACAUCGGGCCUCUUACAGCUGUAGAGUCACUUGAUCUUUCAAGCAAUGGGCUGUACACAGGGAUGUCAGACUAUUUCCUGGCUGAUUCUCCGUCACUGGCGAACCUUUCUCUGAGCAGCAACAGCAUCACUAAAAUAGCACAAGAUACGUUCAGUGGAUCCUGGUCCUUGAAAAAAAUCAGCCUCCACAAUAACGUAAUCUUGGAGAUUGAAGAUGGCGCUUUUGACUCCUUGCAUAAUCUGACCGAACUCGAUCUGUCCAAGAAUUCAAUCACGUGCAUCACAGACUUCAACCUCUAUAAUUUAAAAGUGCUCAAUCUCAGCAAGAACAGCAUGGAGCUUUUCCAAAGCGUCGGCUCAGCUCAGUCGUAUCAGCUUCUCUCUCUUGAUCUGAGUGAAAACAAAAUGCCUUACUUUCCAUUUCUGCCCAGACAGAACGUGCUUGAGUAUCUGGAUGUUUCACGAAACCACCUUCGGAGCAUCAACGUCUCAGCAAGUUCUGAGAGAAGGACAUUUUUAAAUCACCUUAGAUACCUGGACAUGAGUUACAACCAACUCAAAAGCAUACCAGAGUCCUUUUUCUGCUUCAUGGGAUCACUCGAGGUCCUGAAUGUGAGUAAUAACUGUAUUGGCUCGUUUUCUAUCACUAACGAAGGUCUUCUACCGAAAGUGAAGAUUAUCAAUCUCAGCUAUAACUCACUGCAGAGUCUCACAUUUAAUGAAAACAUUCUGCAGUCGCUGGAAAAGCUCUUCUUACAGGGAAACGACCUCACCACCUUGGACCAUCAAGUAUUUCAAAGACUUCCAAGUAUCAGAUACCUGCAGCUCCAGCAGAACAACCUGAAAAUCUGCGCCUCGGAGCAGAAGCAGCAAGAAGCAGCGCUGACAGACCAAAACCACCAGCAUCCUCCCGGUUGUGUGUCCUUUUCUUCUGUUCAUAGCUUGCGCUUCCUGUACCUGUCUGAAAACAAUCUUCAGACUCUGCCUGCGAACGCAUUUGCCAACACCUCUCUGAAGUUACUGGACUUGUCCCUGAACCCAGGCUUGGACAUGGACAAAGACUCCCUCUCCGGUCUCGAGCACUCCCUGGUUCACCUCCUCCUGAGGGAAAACAACAUUUCCAGGCUAAACACAGAUCUGUCCUUGCUGAAGAGUCUCAAAAACGUUGACCUGUCCACCAACCAGUUGACCUCUCUACCUAUGUGGGACAAAGAGUCCUCCAUUGAGUCCUUAAACCUGCAGAACAACAACCUGGUCACCGUGGAGUACAGCACCAUGCUCGCUCUGGAGCGCUCACUAAAAACCCUCUACAUGGGCUCCAACCCUCUGAACUGCUGCACCAACCUCGGCUUCCUCCAUGUGGUGCAGCGCUCAGCCGUGGUCGUUCCCGACAUCGAGACCGUGACCUGCGUUCACGAGGACUUUUCACAGCCGGUCAACAUUGAGAAGCUGACUGAGGGAAUGUGUCAAGGAUCGGGAACCCCGAUGUAUAUUUCCAUUGUACUGGUAUUGUUAGCUGUGAUGAUCAUGUUGGGGCUGCUGGCUAGAUAUUGUCACUUGAGGAAACGAAAGCGCAACAGAAGCUUUAGGGCGUAACAUGAAUGAACAGUACAGUGCACAAACAGGACCAUGAAGAAUUUAUAUAUGGAACAUGAGAGGGUUGGUGGUUUUUAACCAGAUACACGAAUGUAGUGUCUGUGGUGUCAUCUGAAGGACAAUUUGAAGCCUUGAUUUGGGUUUACCAUCUUUUUUUUUACUAGAGUGAACACAUCCAGAUUUCGGCAACGUGGAAGAAGCUGAGUUGGUGGUUCACUGAUGGGCUGAGACACCUGUCAAUCAAACAAACACGUGCCUUAAUAUCCUACUCAAAGCAAUGGCUCGGAAGAAGAAGUGAAAUGGACGAACUAUUGAAACCAGAACUUCUGGAAAAUAUAAUCACCUUGUUUUCUAAAGAGAAGUUUGGACUUUUUGGAUGGACUUCUAAAUGUCAGAGUUUCUUGCAGCAUCUUGUGACUGUUUGAGAAACUGCAGCUUUGGAUUCUUAUGGUGUGUUCAGACAGAACAUGAAAGCCAAAUUUAAGAGGGGUUAUUGCAAAUAUGAGUCUACGUUACCAAUGUACAAAGACCAGAAGAAAAAGGAGAGCAACUGGAGGGAAAUAACGGGAGUUUCUGGUGAGUUCAGAGAUCAGUAAGAGGGAGUUAUCUAAAUACUGUGGUCACAGUGGGUCCAGUAUUCAAAGUCCUGCAAAUGAAGCGAGGCGAAAAUUACUUUUGCUUUCUGUCUGAACACACCAUUAUGACAGUGUUUCAUGCUUGGUUUUAAUAUCAAGCUGCAUGCUGCACAUGAGUUUAUUGAAUGUAAGGGGAAAAUCUGCAGUAAAAAAACCUCAUCACUGUUGAACAUUCAGCCUUAAUGAAAUGUUACUCACUUACUUUCAACUUUAUUUGUCCCUGGAGGGCAAUCAGUUUUGUUAAAGUUAUAGUUUGACUUUUUGGGAAUUCCUCUCAUUUGUUGAAAGUUAGAUGAGAAGAUCAGAUGAAGAUUGGUAUCCCAUGUCUGUAAUGUAAAUAUGAAGCUACAGCCAGCAGCCAGUUAGCUUAGCUUAGCUUAGCUUAGCAUAAAGACCAUAAACAUGGGGACAUAGAAAACCUGGCUCUGUCCAAAGGGAAUAAAAUCCUUCUUCCACCACCUCAGUCAAACAGUCAAACACAUGACAUAUCAUGUAACUCGUACAACAAAACCAAAGUAAAAACAAGUUGUGGUUUUAUUGGGGAGGGGGGGUCAUGUGUCUGACUGUUUGUUGGCCACAUGCAGUAACUUCAGGAAGCCGCAAAAAAAAAAA